AUGGACAUCUACAUUCCUAAAGACGCUCUCCACAGCGUUGACGUGUUCGCAUUCGACAUUCGAAAGUUUUCCAGUCAACAUAAUGAUUUCGCCAUUCUCACUGUACCGAGCGUUAGCAGUGGGAAUCGAUUUCUGGAUAUACGCGGUAGUCAGGGCCGACGCCAGGCGCUGCAACCUCUUUAUUUUGGGAAUCAGCCGCUCGACUUUCGCCAGAGUAACAAGCGUCGGGAAGAUCCGCUCCAACUCAAGUCACUCAGAGAGAAGCAAGAGAUAGAAGAGGCCAAAAGAUUCAAAAGUCCGGCGCCUAUCGCGAAACUUCAGCGUCCGGGAGGGUCGACUUUGUCUUUCCGUACCCUGAUGACAGGCGUCUGGGAUUACGAUCACCUUGGCAAGCUCGUCUUUGACCAGAAGCUCAAGGAUAAAAGGCAAGGUUACAUUACGUUCGGCAAGAAUGCUUUAGUGAUUUACCUCCGGGCAGAGACCGCCGAAGCCUUCAACUGGCAUUGCAGAAUUGAUAUUGAUUAUGCUACCAUAGAGCACAUCAUUCCGUCUCGCGGCAAUGGCCAACACGGAACGAUAACAUUCACCCUCAAGUCUCCACCGAAGUUCUACGACAUUCAGUCGACCAAUGAUCUACACUUGUAUGCCGGUGAGCAAGCACCGAAUGACAUCUCUGCCGCAUUGUCGAGACUCGGCAUCAAGCCGCCAAAAUCAGUUCUUCGGCUACAGAGACUAUGCAAGUUGAGUAACUCCCACAACAUGAACUCCGCUUUGUGUAUGGUCUACAAGAUCGCCUUCUUCGACACCCGAAGCGUUGAUCUCGCUUGGACCUUUGUUAAGCCCUUCUUCGCGGGACCUAACACAAAGUGGUUGAAGACCAUGGAGCCCACCGUUUUGACGGGCAGUAUUGAACACGAGUAUGCGGUCGUCAACAAGAUGCUUAGCGACUACGGACCAUCCUUUCCGCAGACCUUCACGUUCAAUAUACGUUACCAAUUGACAGCGCUCAUGCUAGAGGGUGCAAUUGCCCCGUGGAAAAUGAAGGAAUUGAUACCAGUAGUACAAAACGCUGUUGAGAAGCAUGGUACAGAACUCACCGCAAACGCAGUGCGUCUCCUUGGGAAGCGGAUACCGACGCCUACACCGGGGGUUAAGGCGACAGAUCUUACUGUAAACGCAAUCAGUCGCCGAGGAAAGCGAAUACCGACACCCGCACUAGCUGUUGAAGCGAAAAGCUUCAUGAUCAAUACUAUUAAGCGCAUUCUUGAUGAAAGCAUCGAAUGUUGUGAACGUCUUGAGGAACUUUCCCGGACUUGGGACGUCAAACAGAAAAAGCAGAACCACCUCGCCUUAACGUACAAGGCCACGGUCACGCCUACCGGUAUCCUGCUACGCGGUCCUGACUGGGUCGUCUCCAAUCGUAUAUUGAGGAAGUACAACACCCACACCCAGUUCUUCAUGCGCGUGUUCUUCGCAGACGAGGACGAGCUGCCGGUAUUCCAUGACCCACGGGCAUCGCAAGAGAGAGUUUACGAACGCUUUCGAGGCGUACUCCGAACCGGUAUCACGGUCGCCGGACAUACAUUCCAAUUUCUCGGCUUUUCACAUGCGUCACUCCGUACUCAUGAAACUUGGUUUAUGGCUCCUUUCAAGAAAGAUGAUACAACAUUCUCGGUGCCGAUCCCGAAAAUCGCCUAUGUAAACGAAAUGAAGGACGACGUCACGAGAAACAACCGCACAUUCAGUGACGGCUGCGGAACCUUGUCAUUGAGCCUCUUUCAAAAAGUUUGGAACGCCUUCCAGCCGGACCGUAGAGCACUCAGGCCGACGGUGCUACAGAUCCGGUUCAGAGGUGCGAAGGGCGUACUAUCACUAGAUACGACAUUGCAAGGUGAGCAACUGCACGCCCGAAAGAGUAUGACCAAAUACGUCGCCAAAGAAGAGUGGAGGGAUUUGGAAAUCUGUGGAGCUGCCUACAAGCCUCUCAGAGUGUAUCUGAACCACCAGUUCAUCAAGAUCCUUGAAGAUUUACGUAUACCUAUGGAAAACUUCAUGGCGGUCCAGGAUGAAGCUGUCACAGAACUGAAACUCAUGACGGAGCAUCCUCUGAAUGCAGCCAGCCUUCUCGAAUACUCCCACUCGGGUGAUCUUGCGAGAGUCCCGUCACUGUUUCGGCGAAUGAAUGAGAUGGGUCUAUCAUUCCACGCGGACAGCUUCCUCACCGACAUCGUGGAGGUGGCAGCUAUGUCAAGCCUGAGGGAUAUCAAAUAUCGCGCGCGUAUUCCAAUCAAGAACGGCUACCUCCUUUAUGGCAUCAUGGACGAAUGGAAUGUUCUGAAAGAGGGCGAGGUCUACAUUCCGCUACAAGAUUACGAUACGAACGACAAACUGAAGAGAACCAUACUCGUUGGCGAGCGAAUAGCCAUCACAAGAGCCCCUGCGCUACACCCAGGCGAUAUUCAGGUCGUCAAAGCAGUCGACGUUCCAGAAGGUUCGCCGCUCAGGGCACUGCACAACUGCGUCGUAUUCUCACAGCAGGGUCCGCGGGAUCUGCCUUCGAAGCUAAGUGGCGGUGAUCUCGACGGAGACCUUUUCCACAUCAUCCACGACACUCGAUUGAUCCCGAGAGGCGUUUAUCAACCCGCCGACUACCCUUCCACGCCGGCAAAGGAUUUGGGGCGGCCGGUAACUGCCGACGAUAUCAUUGACUUCUUUAUCGAAUACAUGAACAUGGAUCGAUUGGGACAAAUUUCGAACAAGCACAAGAUCCGCGCUGAUAAGGCUCCUGCUGGCACUCUGGAUCGAGAGUGCCUGCUUCUUGCCAAGCUCGCAUCCGACGCCGUCGACUUUGGAAAAUCCGGAAUACCUGCCAGCAUGGCUCAGAUACCUCCAGGUGGUGAUCACAUCCGCCCCGAUUUCAUGGCUCCAGGAUCGAACCUUGUCGUCAACGAAUUGGGCGCAGCUGAGCUCGAAGAGCUCGAGGGCGACGACUUCGACGAGGUGAGUGUGCUGAACGCUGAGAAACCAAGAAGUUCAUAUUACACAAGCACAAAGAUCUUAGGAGUUCUGUAUCGACGUAUCGACGAAAAAACGUUCUUCGAUAAGAUGAAGAACGCCUACCGAACAUCUCACCAUCGCCGGGGUGAUGAGACGCUGGUGCAGAAACUCAAGCGAUAUGUGAUGCGAGAGACCCGUGGAGUGCAAUGGGAACAUCAUUGGGAUUUCGCAGAACAACUCCGUGAAGCGUACGAAGAGAACAUGUUCGAAAUCAUGGACACACAUCAUCCGUCUCGAGGCUCACGUCUUACCGAGCUUGAGGUGUUUAGUGGUAACAUCCUUGGCAAGAAAGAUCGUGCACCAUCCCGCUACGUCCGCGAAGCCAACCUCGAGGUUCAAGAACGCUUCAACCGAGAUGUCAGCGACAUGAUCAAGAAUAUAGUAAUGGGUGAUGGAGACUGGGACGGCGAUGCAGAUUCGGAGGCGCUGCCGCGCUCCAUUGCGUGCUUCAUGGUUGCGCUGGAAACGGAUGGUUGGGAGAACUACCGCACGUUAAGGAGCUGGAAGUACGUUGCUGCCGCGGUGUGCUUGGAGCAGUUGUGGAAGUACAAUAACGGGUAUUUGCGCCGACUUUGA